AUGUCCAACUCAGCCAAUCUGCCCUUUACUGAAGAAACAACCGAACGCCUCCUGCAGUUCAUUUACACAGGACGCCGAGACGUCAUCAAGACUGAGUCAGUUCCAGAAUUAUUCCACGCUGCAAGCUUUCUACAACUCAGCACGCUGUCUGUCGAAUGUGAAGAUUUUCUCUCUCGUGGCAUCAGCCCUGAAAUCAGUCUGGAAAUCUGGCAAAUGGCAAAGUUAUUUGAAAAACAUCAAAUAGCAGAGGCAGCUAAAUCAAUUGUUAUUCAGAAUUUUGGAAUGUUCAUCACGACUGAUGCUAUCGGACAGGUUGCUUUUGAGCUGUUAAAAGAUUUGUUGGGUGAAGUAUUUCUCAAUUGCAGUGGAACUGUAAAGUGUACAGCGGGAUGGGUUUGGUUUAUUGCGCAUGAUGAACCAUCAGAGCAGGAUGCACGAUCCUUGAUAUCUGUUUUACUCAAGGCACAAAACGUGGAGAACAAGGAUAUUCUUCAUGCAACGUUGAGAUUUGAUGGCGAUUCAGCGUUGGGGAAUGUGAACAGCGACAUUGUUAAAGAAAGGAAAAUAAUGUGGGAUGAGGCGUGCGAGUUUUAUUUUUUCAAAGAGUCUCAGCCCACAAUCAUUACAGGUCAGAUGGGUGAAACUGGAAGAGUGUCCGAGCUUUGUGAGUGGUUAGUGGUGGUUGGAGGUGCAAAUCAUGAAAAGGCUAGUUUAACAGUCCUGAAUUAUAAGAAACAAAAUUGGUAUUCAGUAGAUAAUGCUCCUCCGACUGCCCUUGGUUACAAAUACGCAAUAUGUGCGGUUGGCAGUUUGCUCUUCCUCAGUGGAGGUACUCAGAAGCCAAAACAAUUUCUGUUUUUUUGA